UCAGAGCCAGAAGGGGACCAUGGGGGACCAGAGGCUGCCAGGGAACCAUCCUGACUGGGUACCCAGGUACAAGCGUGUCUUGAAGCACAAGAAGGAGCAACUGAUAGUUCCUCCUUUAAUUGAGCGCCGCCGUCACCACCUGUUUUCUCAUGAAAAACUGGAAGACUUUAAAAGAGACUAUCAGGCAUGUGAAGAGAUACUGUCACGAACCAUCUGGCGGACAUGUUGCCCCAGAAUUUCUCAUGAAGCACCCAAUACUGCCACCAAUAAGAGCCAGAGAAAGCCACCCCAGGAAUUGAAAUUGUUUUGUUCAAUGUCAAUGGAUCAGCAAGGAAGCAGAAGGACCCAAUACAAGCUGCAUUGUUUGUCUCAGAUGAAAGAUGGUGCUGAAGAACAUUUCAUAAAUUUGUUGCAGAUGCCAAAACAUGGCUGGAAUCUGCAUAAGUGGCCUCACUUGGGAAAUCAAAGGGAAGCAAAUAAGAAGAGCAAGCACGGGAACCACCUUCAUAGGAAAUUCAACCUGGGGAAUCCAGAGAAUUUUAGGUCAUGUCAAAGAAAUUUACUUCCUAGAAACACAUCCACAAACAAGAAUUUGAUUGACUCUCUUAAUUAUAGAUACACACAAAGAAGGAGUGAUGGUAUCUACGAAUGGAAUGAAGCACUGGGAAACUCGGAUGCAUUGCAAGAAUUCUACAUGGACCGUGCUUACCAACCAACUCACAAGGACUCUGCAGACAAGGAAAUCUGUCAUCUUCCUUCCAAGCUCAAGUACUUCAGAGGGUUAAGCAAAGAAAAGGACAUCAGAUUCUCCAAACAGGCAUCAAUAUUUGAGAUGAAACUCCAAAAUCUACAUGAUCCUUGUAAGUCCACCAAGGAGAAGUUUAAAUAUGGGUCACCAUAUCAGAAACCCAAUCAGUUGAAAGCGCUUGCCAGUGAAAAGCCUAUAACUGACCCCAAGAGUUUGCUUGAAUUUCAAGGUAGAAGCCUUUGCAAACCAGAUGUACUUGAAAAUAUCUAUGGAAUAAUUGCCUUUAAGGACUUCAUUAUACACAAGGGCUAUGAUAUGCCAGGCAUUCUCAGGAAGUUUUUUAUGAAGAAAGGAUGGAGCUACAACUCUGUUAAUACUCCUCUACCAAGCAUAUUAAAACAUCAUGAACUGAUAAUGCAAAAACAGGAUGAUGAAGAUGAUGAGGGAGAAACGGAGAAGGAACUUCACUAAAAGAUUUUCCUAUCACCACCUACUUGACUGAGACCCACUCUCAAUUUUGCAUUUGAGAUGUACUGGGGGGCCACCCUCUGCCACCGCAAGCACAAUUUAACACCUAACAUUCAGAAACAUUUCCCAAUCAAGUUAUGCUGUGCCUUCACCAUUAUUUUUGGUAUCAUAAUGUGAAACCAAGGUUAAAUAUAUUUUUCCACAUAUUUUUUUCAUUGACCCUCCUUAUAUCAGUCAUUUGUAAAACUACCUAAAACCAUUGAUUAAAAACAGGA